CGAAGAAGAACUGUUCAGCUGCCGCCGGUCUGUUAGAUCAGCUGAUCACCUCAUAGCAAGGACCAAAACAGCUAACGCUAGCUUAACCUAGAUGGUGGCGAAAAGUUAUGACAGGACAUGACUGUGUGACACGGUAGGAUAUUAAUCAGAAGUCCCUUUCAGCAGUACCCUUUUGGUCGUCUAGGACAAUAAUUCCGUGAGUGUUUUGGAGACACAGCUCUGCUUCGUCUAGCUAGUGCGUCAGUGGCAGAAGCUAACAGGCUAACUCACCUAAACGUGCAGGUACCGUCAGCGAGUUAUUAUUAGCCGCAUUGACCGAAUAUCAAACAGUGGCUUUUAUGACAUACAGACUGCAUGAAUCAGAUCGUGGCUUUGGUGAGGAAUUGAGAGCUUCUGGCCACCAACCAGAUUGAAAGCUUUAACUGAAGACUAACUAUGCCUUACCUCUAAGAAUGGGAGGAAGUGGAUCCAAAGCCAAAGGAGUCUGGCCUUUCUCAGGCAGUGGAGCUGGAGGUGAUUCAGCCACCGAUGGGAACGAGCAGUCUUUGGCCCGUCUCAAAGGUUCAAGAAAUGCAACACCAUUUGUUUUUACCAGGAGGAGUUCUUUAUACUACGAUGAGGACGGUGACCUUGCCCAUGAAUUCUAUGAGGAGACGGUGGUGACAAAAAAUGGUAGAAAAAAAUCCAAGUUGAAGAGGAUCCAGAAAAAUUUGAUUCCACAGGGAAUCAUAAAGCUCGACCACCCCUGUAUACAUGUAGAUUUCCCCAUCGUCCUCUGUGAGGUGUGAACCAUUGCACAGGGCUGAUCUACUAUGAGGUGCAGCCACAGGUACUCAUUUCAGAGCAAAGUCUUUUUCCAACCAGGAUCGAGACUGAAACUGUGGUCUGGAGAGAAAGAGGAAAAUUCAAACUGUCAUAUUCAAUUGAUAUAUUGAAUGAAAUGUUAUACAUUUGAAUUCAGCUAUGGUCAGAGUGUCCUCUUUACUAAAAUCCAUAUUUUGAUAUUCACAAAAGUAGUGAUGGUACAGGUUGUGUUUCCACUACCCAGCUGAUAUGUAAGCAGUUUUAGAGAAUACAUCAAAUUAAGUUGUAUUUCUCUUGUGAGUUUUUUGCAGGGAAAAACAUCCUUGAUGUGAAAAGGCUGGAACGGUUUAUGCCUUCCAUGAGACAUAGAGUGUUAGACUCUGUAUGUAUCUUUGUAUGUGUACAUGUGUGCACUUAGGUUUGUUUGAGUGAAUGUGUGAAAGCGGGAUGGAAGAUGUAAUUACAGGGUAGGAAAAUGAAGGAUUGUGAAAUUUAUUGUAUAUAUGGUCACGUUCUGUAUUGUCAUGUCUGAGUGUGUCUCAGUUACCGGAGCUCAGACCUGCACUAGUGAACAUAAUGUACUGUAAAUAAUUUCAGAUUUCUUAGUUGGAAAUACUUGAAUAAAUGGUUUA